AUGCCUCGCGUUUGGCGGCGCCGGGCCAUUUUGAACACUGGUUACAUCCACCUAAUCUUGUUUAGAGGAUUUUGGAUCCAGUCGUUAGAGAUUACCCUCCAGAAAUGCUUCGUUAUCAUGGAAGUGAAUUGCCAAGAUGCAUUUGCAAUGAUUUUUGCUGUAUCCAAGGUAGUGAUUGAGCAAUUUGGGGAUUUGUGUACACUAAUACCGAGCGAACACAGAUGUCUGUAUCUUUUGUUGUUCCAAGAUGCAUGGAAGAGAUUGUCAGUUACACUAAGAAGAGAUAGCAAAACAAUCCCAUGUUAUUCGUCGACUGAUAUCUUAGUCGAGGACUACCAACAUGAUGUUAAGCGAAUUGAUUAUCAUAAAUUAUAUCUUACAUUUCUGGCUCUAGCUACAAGAAUCAAUGGAGAAGUCGAUAUCGCGAUGCGCCUUCUUGGGAUCGCCGUCGUCGUGCUUCCCACACAGCAGCAAAGCCUGAGAGUACCGCUGCCACAUGGAAUCGACGGCAGCACCGAGAUCUGUCAUCGAGUUUUACGUGAAACGGCAGCACUCAAAGGUGACGUUGCCGCGCCCAAAUCGUGGUUGCAGAAGGUGCUGCCACACCGUUACCGUGCACCGUCCUCUUCUUUUCCUCUUUUCUGA